AUGCUGUUGACCUAUUUGGAAGCCAGCCGGGACCUUUGCGAGACGGACUCAAUUCUUUUUGGCGCCGCGCUGGCAGUCUGCCGUAUCAUAGGCGCCAAGGUUUCCACGGCUGGACGCGCUACUGGCCAUAGUAGCGCUAUCCCAGCAUGGAGAAGAAGAAUUGAAGAACGUAUCGCAAAGGCUAGAGCUCUCAUCGGCAGACUGAUAUGCUUCAGAUCAGGCCAUAACAGGCCAAGAAUUGUGCGCACCGUCAGGAUGGCGUUUGCUGGGACAACUGUCAGUUUGUCCCAGCCGGAUAUAACGCAAAAACUGACGGAGCGCAUAGAUGCUCUGAAGCAGAGAAUCGCUGCUUGGGGAAAGCGGAUUCGGCGAUAUACCGAGAGGUCGACACGGUUCAACCAGAAUCGUCUCUUCCAGAGUGAUCAGAAGAGGCUCUAUGAAUCAUUGGAGCGACCAAUAGUAAGCGGAACGGGCCCAGCACCGAAUCAGGCCGACACUGUAGCAUUCUGGCGCGGCCUGUUGUCAGAGCCCGUAAACCACAGCGAGGGCCCUUCGACGGAAGUUGUGGCGAGUCAGUGUGCGGGUAUUACGCCCAUGGACCCCGUCAUCAUAACGCCGGAUGACGUAGCUGAGGCGGUCCGUAGGGCCCCGAACUGGAAAAGUCCGGGGCGUGACGGGCUGCAUCACUACUGGCUGAAGGGGUUUAUGGUGUGUCACUCUGUGCUCGGGACAGUUUCAAGAGGCUCUCAACCAGAAGUCGCUCCCAAGCCUCUUCACUACUGGGAUCACUCAUUUGGUUCCUAA